CUUCCUUGAAGUAGAAAAACUACAGACUGACCGGUUGUCCUUAGGAGAAGGUCCAUUCGGUUUUUCUAUCUGCCAGCAGGCAGCCAAAAUGUUGGCCAUCCUGUCUGUGCUGUUUUUAUGUCUUUCUAAUCCGGUCUGUGGCGUUUUUCAGAAACUUUACUGCAGCAUAUCAGAAAGCUGUGAGUGCGACUUUAAGCCAAAUAUCAGAGACCUGGAGUGGGAUCUCUAUAAGAAUGUUUACGGACAACAUCUGGCCCAGGAAAUUGUGUCGGAGGAGGUGGCCAGGUUCUUAAAGAAUAAAAGCCCUGAGCGGCCCCUGGUGCUGUCCUUCCAUGGCUCCUCUGGGACGGGAAAGACACUCGUCAGCUCCAUGCUGGGAAAUCACCUGUACGGCUCGGCGAUGAGCAGCCCGUACAUCCACCAGUUUGUUCCCACGCUGCACUUCUCCUUACCUGACCGGGUAAAGGAGUACAGGGAGGAGUUGAAGAGCUGGGUGCAGGGCAACCUGACGGAGUGCGCUCGCUCCGUCUUCUUUUUCGAGGAGAUGGAGAAGAUGCCUCCGGGUCUCAUCGACGUCUUGGAGCCCUUCCUGGGUCCUUCCCACAUUGUGUUUCGCACUAACUACCGCAAGGCUAUCUACAUCUUCAUUGGCACUACAGGAGAGGAGGUGAUUAAAAAAUUGGCUCUGGAGAGCCGGCAGGCCGGACGGGACAGGGAGGAGAUCAAGUUGGCCGAGUUGGAGGAAGCCAUCGCACGGGCGGUUUACAACAGCACAACAAGUGGCUUCUUCCAGUCCAGCAUCAUCCAGCAGAAGCUCAUCGAGCGCUACGUUCCAUUCCUGCCGCUGAGCCGACGCCACGUGGAGCGCUGCGUCCACUCGCAGCUCUGCCAGCGGGGCAGCUGCGGCCGCAGUGACGUGGUGGAGGCAGUAGGGGGCGACAUGAUCUACAGCCCCGUUCAGGGACAGUACUUCUCCAGCACCGGCUGUAAGGCCGUCCCCGCCAAAAUCAACCUCUUCCUGUGAGCCGAGGGGGGGACUGAAGUGACCCAGUGAAGGACUAAAAGGGAAAGUCGUUCUGAGGUGAGUCGGUGAAGAGAAACAGAUCCCAGUUUCUGUUUCUUCCACAUGGAGGUAAGAGCAGCAUCAAGGACGCCUCCUGCACUUGGAAUCAAGGGGAAUUGAACUCGCAGCCUCCCGAAUUCAAUGCAGCUUUGUGCUGUCAGUGCAGAGGUUCCCUGAAGGCAUCCUCGGUACUAACUGUGAGCACACAAGAGUUUAUUCUCUAAACAUUAGUCAGUGUCUAAACCAGGAGCCACGCUCUACCUCAAACCCAACUCUACCGUUAAUUUCUGAACUCUAAAGGUACAGGUACAAUGCGCUUUCAGAGUUCCUGCAUGCAGCAGUUAAACAGGGAGAUGAAAUCUCAACCCUGUAUUUCCGAAAUGUUGACUUUUCAUGAGCUUGAAAAUGGGUAUGUUAGCUGGAUUAGGGUACAUAUUUGGCUUAAUUUAAAGAGUUGGUAAGUGAGCACUCA